AUGGCCGGAAGUCCACUCGCCCCCAUCCCCGGAUCGCCAGCCAUACCGACCAGCUCGCUCGUGAACCCCGACACUGUGGCCGCGCCGAAUCCCACCUCGACUCUUUCUCGUGGCCCACGACCAGCGCCGGGCGAGUACGCCCUCCCGAUCCCGGAACAGAUCCGCGCGCUGCUCCAGUCCCGUCUUUCUGUGACGUUGACCGACGGCCGGGAGCUUAUGGGCACACUUACAAGUGUGGACAGCACGUCCGUGCUCAUGAGCAAUGUGGAGGAACUCCGCGAAGUCACUAGCGAGAAUGUGCGGAGGUACUGGCCGUGGAGCAAGGAUGGGAUCAAUGCCGGCUACGACGGCGAUGUCGAGGGCAGAGGCGCUGGUGCUUCUUCUGCGGGCGUCGGACGGGAGAGCGACCUCCAGGAAGGAGAGGAGGUGGGCCAAGGAGGGGAAGAAGGAGCGGAAGGAGGAGCUGAGGAGGAAAAGAAGAUCGGAGGCGGCGGCCCUGAAGCCACGAUCAGGAGGAGAGAACUGCAGAGUAUCCUCGUGCAGUUUGCGCACUGCAAGAGCAUCGAGCUCGACGAGGAGAACCAUGCCGCGUGGCGGAGAUAUUGCGAGAUGCCCGAGGAGAUGCGUCCGAACGCUCCGUCUCAGCCAUACCUCGGCCAGGUUAUCUAA